AUGGCCACUGAUGACACGAAGCAACGUAUUCUGCGCAUCUCCGAUGUUGAUAAAGAACCGCAACAGAUGCUCAUGCCAAUUCAGGGCUACAAUCAAAUGCCAUUAAUGUCACUGGAAGAAGCAGUACAACCACUUGUUCCUAUUCUACCGGCUGUACAAGAUUAUGCCUAUAUGGCUAAAGAAAAAUGCAAGAAACCAGCAGAUGGUUUAACACACGACGAGUCAGCAUCAAUUAUGCUCUAUUCGAUGGGAUGGGAACCAAUUGAACAAUGUCUAUAUUUUGCUUUGAAUGCUGCACUUCGAUCAGAAGACAGAGGAAAUCUUGAUCCGUGGUAUCUCUAUCUUAAAUUGAUUCUUACUGCACUGUCACGUCUGCCAACUCAACAUCGAUUUGUCUAUCGAGGUGUUAAAUUAGAUUUGAGUGAACAAUAUCGAAAAGGCGAAACAAUUGUAUGGUGGGGAUUUUCUUCAUGUACUGACUCCAUGGACGUUCUUCAAUGUGAGUUAUUUAUGGGUAAAACCGAAGCACGAACCAUGUUUACAAUUGAAUGCAAUUCCGGCAAAAAUAUUCGUAAUCAUUCAUUUUUUCCACAUGAAGACGAAGUACUUCUUAUUGCUGCUACUCAAUUCAAAGUUGUUGCUUCUCUCGAUCAGGGUCACGGUCUUCACAUGAUUCAAUUGAAAGAAAUUGACUCACCCGUACCAUUAAUACAAUCAGUAACACCGUCUGCUCUUAUGAACGAAGCAUCUUCGGAACCGAAUCACCAUAAAAAUAAGGCACAACUGAAACAACUCAUUGCACAAUGUAGUCCUCGUGCCAGAAUAGAUUUAUGUUCGAAACAAUUAGAAGAUGAAGACAUAGAGAUAGUGGUCAAUGAAGCUAUCAUCAAUAAACGAUGUGCAUGGCUCGAACUAGGAGGAAAUAAGAUUACACACAUUGGUGUAUCGAUUCUUGCCGAUGCUUUACUGGACAACAAUGCAUUGUUAACAUUGAAUCUUUAUCGUAAUUGUGUGUCUGAUAUAGGUGUUAAGUAUCUUGUUAAGACACUCUCCAGUAACAAUCAUACUCUCAAAGAACUUAGUCUUUCGCAGAAUGGUAUAACCGAUACGGGUGUAGAAUAUAUCGUCAAUAUGCUAAAGACAAAUCGAACAUUAAUUCAACUUUGGUUAAAUGGAAAUGAUAUAAGCGAUCGAGGUGUUCGACUUUUAGCUAAAGUACUUGGCAGUGAGAACAGCACUCUUAAAGAACUCUAUCUUUCAUCAAACAAGUCAAUAACGGACUCUAGUAUUGAUCCACUCUGGGAUAUGAUCAAACGUCAUCAGCCACUGAAAAAACUCUACAUUUGUGAUUGCGACCUAUCUGAACUUGGUAAAGAGAGAUUUCGAAAGACAGUCAUAUCAAAAAAGAGUUUACGUGUCUUAGUUUAA